AUGCUUUCUUCCAAGUCCACAGAAAACCUUCUGAACUCAUUCCCAAUGUUUGGUCACCCUGGUAUCUCUGCGCUGGAAUAUGCUGGAAGCUUGGAGGCGACGCGUACGAAGAACACGAGCGUGACACUGGAGUCACUCAAGCGCAAAUCUACAACAUCGCCGCAGGAGGAACAUACAACUCCUCCGACAACUACAGGGACGAAACUGCCUCCUGAGUCUAACCAGUCAUCCCCUGUCCAUUUCAUAGACGAGUUCGGGGUCCAGCAAAGACGGAGAGGUGCCUUUGUCAAUCACACACCCAGGGGCUUCGAGAUGCGGGCCUCCAAGACGGUCGAGGUCUACCGACCCUCCACAGCUUCUCCCGAUAACUACUCCCGUCCGCGAAUCUCUUUGCACGCCAACUCGACCAGCACUGUUCACGCGACUGCAAGUCGACAUGAUGACAGUUCCCCGACGGACUCGGAGAAGCGACUGACAAUCAAUCCUGGCGCCCCAAUAGAGCUCGAUGCUACAGAGGCGAACUCGCCUUCAUCUCCAGAGGUAUACGAGCCAUCAACAGUUCUAAGCCGCCGAUCAGUAUCUAUCCCCAUGAGUAGGAUACUUACAUACCAGCCAAGCUCGACCACUUACGCAGGCCAAUAUACCAAGGAGGCCAGUGUUCGCAGCAUUAGUAACCCGGUUCAUAAGCCGCAAGAGAAGAAGAGACAGCGACGUCAAACUCCAUUCAAGAUUGCCGCUCCAAAAGUGGUAACUGUCGCCCGAUAUUCACCACUCGAGCCUUUGGUUGCAGAGUACCGACGCAAGGCUAGCACUGAUACCACCAGUGACACGCCUCUCCAGGCGGAGACUGGGAAACUUGAAGAGAUGGGUACUUUUGGGGUGAUACAGAGAUACUUCGACAGUCAGUCAGGCGGUCCCGUCUCGACCCCGAAACUUCUCUGCCACACUUGCUCUCAAGACCCGCCAAACAUGCCACUUCCGGACUCCCCAGAGCCACCUCUUCAUAAGCCAUUCAAAGAACCUAUUGCCAUCUACCCCAUCGAUGAAUUGGAUUUUCCUGAUGAGCCACCAGCAGUACCGGAGCGUAGUCCAAAGCGGCUCACCAACCCAUCUUUCCCAAUACACACGAAGGGGACAAUGUCCAUGAGCAGUGACUUUGCCUUCGCCGCUGAAGGGGAGUAUUCACCGUACGACAAGAAAGACGAUGUUCUCAACAUACCAAAGAAGCGAGCGCCAAAGCGCGUCGAGGUGGGACAAGCUGCUCAAGCUGGUUCGGCCAGCCUAGGUCGAAUGGCACCACCAAUCCUCGGCCAUGAUGCGCUUACCGCGAGCAGCGACUUGGGCCUGAAUGACCUCAGCUACUAUCUCAAACACACUGGACCCUCGAUGGACUCUCAGCCAGUCUUGCGACAGCGGAAGAAAAAGGGCGUGAAGAUUUUCAAAGCUCAACAACAAAGAAAAAGCCUUGCUGCACGUGUCGGCUCGGUGGAGGGGUCUCCACAACGAGUGCGUAAGCCGACCCCGGUGCCGACUUGCGCGAGAGAGAUGAUGACUUCGGGUGGAGCGAGGCAUCUCAAGAUUGUCAUACCGACGGAUGGCGUGUCCGGCAAUCAAAUGGGUUCGCUUGCGACAUCCCAGUCAGGGAUACAACGUCGCUCGAGGCAUAUCUCCAUCACUUUUACGGAAGAGAUGCUGAAUCCUCUUGCUAGUUCGGAGGUUGAGCGUAUGCUUUCAGAGUUUCAGAAUCCUGUUGAGCGAUCGUUUACGGAACCAAUUCCUAAGCCGCCGCGUAGUCCGAAGAGACCUCCCAAGGCGCCGGAGCUUGUCCCUGUCUCAGUGAAUGACGAUCCACUAGCAUCACGAGAGGAGCAGACGCGUGCACGCAAGCUCCGGGAUCUCCAGCGCAUCAAGCGGAAGCCCUUGCCGUCCUCCACCCAGGCGGAGCAGCACCCUGACACCGUCGGUGGCGCUUUGCCAACACCCGCUCAAACUCCUGAACCUGCUGGCGAUUCUUCCAUGGAUGGCUCACAUGAGGAGAACAGCGUCGAUAAGGACAGCCCGUCAAACAAGAUGACUCAACUCCAAAGCAAAAUGGUCUUGUUACAGCGCCAGAACACGGAGCUCACGGAUGCGCUUGCGAAAAUUGUGGGAUUAGAGUUUGAGGGGGGCGAUUUGAAGAGUGAGGAUGUGUUGAAGGCUUUUAGGCAAAUUCGAAUUUCGCAGACACCGAGUAGGGAUUAA